AUGGCGCCCAGGGCGAGAGCAGAAGGUUGCUUGACCUGUAUCUCACGCAAGGUCAAGUGCGAUGGCCAUCCCGAUCAGUGCUUGCGUUGCAAAAAGCUGGCUCUUGAGUGCCAAUGGCGCAAUAAUGUGACGGGUGGUGCGGGUGCCACGAGAACGUCCAAAGCAAAGGCUGAUCGGCAUGUUACCCAAGCUGGACACAGGAGGCUUCGCGCACAAGCCGCUUGCGAGCGCUGUCGUCGGCGUAAACUCAAAUGUGAACCCAGUGGCGCUUCUUGUGUGGCUUGCGUCCGCAAAGAAAUACAGUGUGCAACCAGAUUCCCCUCCCCUGUGUCAGAGGAGCAUUUACAAAUCCCGCGUCAAGAUGAGGAAGCCUCUACCGCUGGGUACGACACCUCCGCAGGCAGCGAAAAUGCCUUUGGUACAGAGUCGGGUUCUGUCAAUAACUCGCCAUCAUCUGGAGUUGACCUGCCUUCCGGAGAAACCCUGACGGCUCUCGUUGAUUCCUAUUUCAAGCAUGUCCAUACAGUCUCUUGUAACUUUUUUCUCCAUUUCGGUGUAUUCUGCGAAGCCAUUGAGCAGAAAUGCGUGCCGAAGCUACUGCUUUUGGCCGUUUGCGCCGUUUCCGCUAGAUUUACUUCUUCUGCAGAGGCAGAUAAUGAAGGCCGGAGAUACUAUGCAGAAGCAAGGAGUUUGUUAGCAGAUUGCAUAGAUGACAUUUCUCCCAGCAACAUCGCUGCUCUUCAGUGUCUAAUUGUUUACGAGACGUGGGAGGGGAACUUUGAGGUGGUAUGGAACUUAGUUGGAAUCGCGACGCGGAUGGCUUCGCAACUUAACCGGGAUCUUUUUCUGUCUCCUCAAGCAGACGCGGAAGAUAUCGAAGAUCCUCGUAUUUUUAUCCGGCAGGAAAGUUACAGGCGUUUGAUGUGGUCGAUAUUCGUCAAUAGCGCAUUGCUCGGUGCCUCCAGCGGGAUUGAAGAGAAGCUGGUCGACAAGCUCCCAUUGCCCUGUAUUCCUUGGAAUUUCAUGCACGGCGUUCCAUGCUUGACUUCACAUCUCGAUGGUGGAGAAACCAAUGCAAAGCUGUUGCGCGUCACACAUCCUCGCGCGUACCUGAUCAAGAUAAUUGUGAUCUGGCAGAAGAUAAGAGGGUUCGUUUGUUCCUCAACGAACGCACCAGUCAGACAGCCGUACGAGCUCAUGGCCGAACUAAGAGCUCUAGAGGAGUCGCUCGCCGACUGGCAUACUAGUCUUGCUCGGACUUACGCGUUCGGAGUUCGGCAGAUCUACAGUUUUCGCGGCAGUCAGCAGCACGACACUUUCUUGAUGCUUCAUCUCUGGUACCACUACUGCCAGUGCGAGCUAUACGGAACCCCAAUACGUGCGCAGGAUAUGGCUCUUUCAGAACACCAGCUGGACCAUAUGCAGGCAUCGUUCCUUGCCGACUGCGCGGUGAAACGCCUUCACCAUGCUAAGGAAAUAUCGAAUAUGGUGAAGGAUAGACUCCGCGUGGCACCAAGCCCUGGGUCCCAUGACGUAUGGCUCAGUUUUGGCGUUCUAAGCUCAACUCAGGUCCUGGCGCUGCAAGGAAAGCAGCAGUCUCUGUCUGUGGCCGAGAGAGCGGAGGUUGCGUCAAUGUUGAAAGCCAAUCUUGAAGCUCUGGAGGCUUCAAAGAGGUUUUUUAAGUUGAGCCAAUUAAUAAAGUACAAAGAGUGUCUCCGGCUGAUACGUGAUGGCGGUUUCCAAGAGCUGGUCAGCCCACAAUUUGACGAUAACACAGAUAGACCAAGGAACAAGAUUGUGUCAAGUGCGUUGGAGUUGCAUAAGCUCUAUCCUUUCUUGGACAAAGCGAAUGUUUCAAGCGUGCCGAUAAAGGAUGCCCUGUUUGGUCCUGUAGCUGGAUCUGAGGCUCGUAGAGAUUCAUGUGAGGCCCCGAGCAUGCAAGCUAGGUCAGCAAUGGCUCCCGCCGUUGUACCUCCCGCACCGGGACAAGACGACCUGAAUUGGUUGUUGGGCUCGCCGCAAGCGUGGUUGAAUGAAUGGCCAAUCGAUAUUCCCGGUGGAGGAAGCAUUGCACUUCAUCAUGAUUAUGGCCUGGGGGUUAUGGAAUAAAUGGCAGUUAAGAAAUCGUAGCCAAACAAUUGCAUUUGGCAAUGGCGUAGAAAAACGGAAUGCGAAUGUAUUAUCAAGUCGACUUUUGAGGAGAAGGUAACAAAGCAAUGAAUGCACUAGAAAGUGCGUCCGAUUUUGGCUUC